UUUUGCUCCCUCUCCAAUCCUAAACCAGCAUUUUGUUCCCCCAGUUCGGUUCUAUCCAAAGUUUAGUAGUCACAAAAGAAAGAUGUUUGUCCAAUCUUCUUUUGCUCCCUCUCCAAACCCAAACGAUCAUUUUGUCGAAAAUGCAAACACAAAGACCAUUCGCCGGUUAGCUGAUUUUCAUCCCAGCAUUUGGGGAGAUUGCUUCAUCACAAAUGCUCCUAAUGAUAUGAAUGAUCAUGCUUGUCUUGAGCAAGUUGAAAAGUUAAAAGAAGAAGUGAGGAGGAUGGUAGUGGCUGAUUCUAAUGAGUCUUUAAAGAAACUGAACUUGAUUGAUUCAUUGCAAAGGCUUGGUGUGGCAUACCACUUUGAAGGAGAGAUCGAGGAUGUGUUGGAGAAGAUACAUGAAGCCGGAAAUGGCGGUUUUGAUGGCAACGACGAUGGCGAGCUCUAUACUGUUGCUUUGCAGUUUCGCUUACUGAGACAGCAAGGGUAUAAAGUCCCUUGUGAUGUUUUUAACAGAUUUAAGGACAGUGAUAGUAAAUUCAAGGAAGACCUAAUUAAUGAUGUGAAUGGUAUGCUAUCCUUGUAUGAAGCUACACAUUUGGGGAUACAUGGAGAAGAUAUUCUAGAUGAAGCCCUAGAGUUCACAACCAAAAGACUUAAGUCCAUUGUCAUUGAUCUAAAACCUCCUCUUGCCAAACAAGUGAUGAAUGCCUUGAAACAACCCUUCCACAAGGGCCUUUCAAGAGUAGAAGUUAGGAACUACAUCUCUGUUUACCAAGAAGACAAGAAAAAGAAUGAAUCUCUUCUUCAGCAUGCAAAACUAGAUUUCAAUCUACUACAGUCCAUCUACCAGAAGGAGCUUAGCCAACUGUCAAUAUGGUGGAAAGAAUUGGAUUUUGUAUCAAAGCUACCUUGGGCUAGAGACCGACUUGUGGAGUGCUAUUUUUGGACAGUUGGGGAGUAUUUUGAGCCUCAUUAUGGUUUUGCUAGAAAUUUCUUCACCAAAAUUUGUCUCCUGACUUCUAUCAUUGAUGAUGUCUAUGAUGUAUAUGGUACACCCGAAGAACUCCAGCUCUUCACAGAUGCUAUUGAGAGGUGGGACUCUAGCCCUGACAAUCGACUACCUGAAUACAUGAAGUUGCUCUAUUCUUCACUCUUAGAUGUUUACAAUGAAGCUGAGGAUGAUUUAAGAAAGGAAGGACAAUCUUAUCGUGUUAACUAUGCAAAAGAAGCGAUGAUAACACUAGUUAAAGCCUACUUCAUGGAGGCAAAAUGGUUUAACGAUGGAUAUCAUCCAACAUUCGAGGAGUAUAUGGAAGUUGCAUCAAUCACUGGUGGGUGUACCCAUCUCACUAUCGUUUCCUUUGUUGGCAUGGGAGAUAUUAUGACAAAGGAAGUCUUUGAUUGGGUAAUGAAUGAACCUAAGCUUGUGAAGGCUUCAAACUUAAUUGCCAGACUCAUGAAUGAUAUAGUUUCCCACAAGUUUGAGCAAGAGAGAGGGCAUGUUUAUUCUGCUGUGGAGUGCUACAUGGAGCAAUAUAAUAUCCCAGAGCUAGAGGUACAUGAUGAGCUUAACAAAAAAGUGGAGGAUGCAUGGAAAGAUAUAAAUGAAGCGUGCAUGAAACCGAUGGCUUUCCCAAUGCCACUUCUGUUACGUUGUGUCAACCUUGCCCGUAUAACUGAUGUCACCUACAAGUAUAAAGAUGGUUACACUCUAUCUCAUGAAGUGUUGAAGGAGUUCAUCACCUCAUUGUUUAUUGAUCCCAUACGGAUGUGAGCUUGGACUUGUGACUUCUAUGCCACUCUUGGAGCCUUAUUUCACUCAAACCAUGAAUUAUUGCUUUUCCUAAUUACAUAUUUAGAUGAGGGUUUUAUUAGAGAUAUGCAC